AUGACAAAUAGUAUUUUUUAUUCCGACAAUAUGGGGAUUAUGUACGAGAAACGGCCUUUAAAGCGACCUCGACUAGGUCCCCCUGAUGUGUACCCUCAAGAGCCGAGACAAAAGGAAGAUGAGCUUACAUCUGCUAAUGUAAAACAUGGCUUCACAACAACUCCUCAAUCAAGUGAUGAAUUUGGAACAGCUAGAAAUUUCAAUCAUUCUGCUUUUGCAACAAAGAUUGGUCAAUUUUUUUCUGGCAUAUUAUCCAAAAAAGAAGAACUAAAUACUCUCCCUGAUUGUGGAAAAAAGAGACAGCAAGUGAAUCCCAAAGAUAAUUUCUGGCCAGCCACAGCACGUACAAAGCCACAAAUUGAAGCGUGGUUUAAGGAUUUAGCUGGCAGUAAGCCACUUUCCAUAUUGGCAAAGAAAGCACCAAAUUUUAAUAAGAAAGAGGAAAUAUUUAUAACAUUGACUGAAUAUCAAGUGGCAAUGCCAAGAGCUGCAUGGUUUAUAAAAUUAAGUUCUGCAUAUACUGUUGCUGUUUCGGAAGCUAAAAUUAAAAAGCGUCAGCAUCCGGAUCCUACUACAGAAUGGACAACAACAUUAAUAAAAUUCUUGAAAGAUCAAAUACCUAAGUUGGCAGAAUAUUAUCAAAGUGGAUCAGUUAAUAUUUCGGACAAGACUCCACCAUCUCAGUCUGGCCAAGGGACACCAAGCCAUAAUACUUCAGGACACCCACCUGGCAGUUCAACACCAAAUUCCACUUUGUCUAAUUCUAUGCAUUCUCCGGGGAGUUCCAGUUUACUAGGUUCUUCUACUCCUGGAUCAGAAAGUACAGAUUGGAGACAAGCUCUAAAACAAUGGAAUUACUGCUGUCGCCUCGCUAAGUAUUUAUUAGAUGAAGGAUUGUUAGAUAGACAUGAUUUUCUCACAUGGAUCAUUGAGCUACUAGACAAAAGAGCACCUGAUGAUGGCCUACUUAGGUUAUUCCUUCCAUUGGCAUUACAAUAUAUGUGCGAAUUUGUGUGCUGCGAGGGUCUAUCGCGCCGUCUCGCUUCCAGUUGUGCCAAGAAAUGCGCGGCAAUAUGUUCUGUACUCUCCGAGGCCACGUUGCGUACGCUUAACCAACCAGCUGUUUUUACCAAGAACGAAAAGAAUGGAGAUGCAAAUGGGGAUCCUCUUUCGCCCGUUGAAACCACUAACGAUGUUAAACCAAAUGUAAGCCAAAUAAAACGUUCCGCUACGCCUGCUGACCAAAACCACGGCACACCAAAUCCAAACCACUCGAUGGGGACGCCGAAUCCAAACCAUUCAAUAGGAACACCAAAUCCAAUAGGAACCCCAAACCCAUCUCAGCCUCUGGAACAAGUGAAAGAGGAAAAUGAUUCGCUUGGACGUGAUACAAAAGCAACAUUAAAUGCAGUGAUCACUGCUUCUCUUAACCCAGUUCAAGUCGGUUUUGGAGAAAUACUCAACUGCCCUUUUCACAGAGAUGUUAUUGUACAACUGGGGACUAUACUUCAGAUAAUAUGUAUAGAGUGCCCGACAGCCAUGGUUUGGUCUGGUUGUGGGUCAUCAUUACAAGGUUCACCCUUAGACAUUUUGCCCCUACCCCCAUCUGCUCUACCCAUGCCUCAUAUGGAUUCGGAAGUCACUGAAGAACACAGAAAAUUGGUGUAUGAAGCUGAGCAAGAAAUAGCUGCGAGGAGCAAGAAGGCAGAAAGCAAAUGGUGCACAGAUAAAUGGCAGACUAGUUCACAAGCCCGAGUGCUAGCCGUACUUGAAGCUUUGGAUCGUCAUUGCUUCGACCGUGUCGAUCCAAAUAAUAACCUGGACACUUUAUAUAAGGAAGUUUUUGCGAAUUGUACAUCGCCAGUCAAAGAUGGAAGCCAAGAUCCCAAAGAUCCUGAGUACGCUUGUUCAUACUCUGUGGUUCGUGUGCUAUGCGAGUGGGCGGUUUGUGGUGCGCGCUGGGGUGAGCAUCGCGCUAUGGCGGCGGCUGCUCUGCUCGAUCGUAGACAGCAUCAUCAUCACCAUCACGAACAUCAAGGUUCUGACGACAAAGAAUCAAUCAGCUCGGCAACUGGACUAUACAGUGGACCGCCGAUAUUUCAAAAUUUGCUUUUGAGAUUUUUGGACAACGACGCCCCCGUCUUAGAUGAAAGUCCAAACGCGCCGCCAGGUAACAGACAACAAUUCGCAAAUUUGGUGCAUCUAUUUGGAGAGCUGAUACGACGCGACGUGUUCUCUCACGACGCUUAUAUGUGCACCUUAAUAUCAAGGGGGGAUUUGAUAUCUCCAACGGAACCUACGGUGACUUCAGGAACUGGUGGCCAUACUGUAGCCCAGCCAGUGAACAGUGCUGGUACCAACCAUAAUAUAGAUGACGACAUAUUCGCCGGCAUUGACCUCAAACCCAAGAUGGAGGAGAAUGUAAGAAUGGACCUAGACGACUCUAAAAUCGACGACGAUCUAGACAAAUUAUUGCAACACAUUAAAGAGGAUCAACAAAACUCUAUGGACGCACCCGACAGUCCAAAAGACCCUGGUGAACCAUCGCACAGUGUUAAUUCGCCAAUGAUGGGACCUGGUGGAAUGACUAUACCCAGUAUGCAAGCUAUUGGAAUGGGUCCAAUGUCAGUUCCAGCUGGUAUUCGACCAACGAGCUCAAACGGUUCGAACAGUACCGGCACAGUAUCAAGACACUACCACUACACAAUGCACUUCCCCUUGCCGCCAACCGAACCAGAACAUACCCCCCACGAUGCCAACCAAAGGCAUAUACUGUUGUAUGGCGUUGAAAUCUGCAAAUUGUUCUCUAAGAAGUUUUCCAUUGAUGUCGCGGAGGGCGGUAAAAUCAAGAAGCAUUCAAGGAGCGAGUUUAAUUUUGAGGCGGUAACUCAGAAGUUUCAGUCCAUGUCAAUGUACGAGCAAGGCGCGGUCUCGUGGGCGGUAGGCGGUGCCGUAUGCGAAGCGUUGGCCGCGUACGCAGCCGGUGCGACCACCUAUCUCCCGCAACCUGAACACGUUGCGUUCGCGCUGGACCUUAUGGAGAUAGCGCUUAAUGUUCACGGACUUAUCGAAACUUGCAUACAGAUACUAAAAGAGCUGUCUGAAGUUGAAGUGGCGUUGAUAACUCGUAAUGCUCCAAGUAGUGGGCUAGCAGCGCCCCGGGCCUACACUUCGGCUUUGGCACUGUACACAGUAGGCGCUCUAAGGAGAUACCACUCUUGUUUAUUACUAUGCGUCGAACAAACUUCAGCCGUAUUCGAACAAUUAUGUCGGCUUGUGAAGUGUGUUGUCAACCCCGGAGAUUGCGGUUCAGCAGAGAGAUGCGUGUUAGCGCAACUCCACGAUCUAUAUAAGGCGGCUGCACAUCUGUUCCAUGCUCCACACGCGGACACAUUCGCUAAUGCCUAUCCUAAGAUCAAACAAGCCCUUUAUUCACCACUACAACCUACUCCUUCGAAUCACUCGUACAAUCCACAGUUUCUUAGUGAAUUUUUCACUAAUCCUAGAAAAGGUAAAAUCGAAAUAUCCUGGGCUCGUCAAGUAGCCGAGUCGCCGGCGAAUCGCUACAGUUUUGUAUGUUCGGCGAUGUUGGCUGUAUGUCGAGAGGUUGAUAAUGAUCGCGUAAACGAGUUGGGUGUGCUCUGCGCGGAGAUGACAGCGUGGUGUAGUGGGCUCGCGGCGGAGUGGCUCGGCGCUCUAGUUGCCUUAUGUGGCUCUCAGCAUUACCCCGCUUCAGCACCACAUUCGGCGCCACCCACGCUGUACCCGGAUCUGUUGCACCAUAGAGACCUGCAUGACGCUGCAGCUCACGAUGCGCUGGCUGUCUUCACAUGUAUUUUAGUUGCUAGACACUGUUUUUCGCUCGAAGACUUCGUGCGGCACGCAGCUCUACCGUCUCUUGUGAAGGCAGGUGGAGGUGGCAAUUCGAGCAAUCACAAUCCCAACGCACCUUCCACGGACGCAGGGGCGAGGCUUGCUUGCCACUUGCUACUCAGACUGUUCAAAACCGUUGAUACACCACAGCCAGGGCUAUACAGCGUGUCUACGUCACCUGGACCCGGAGGCAGUGGGGCUGGAGUAAGAUUAUCAUGUGAUAGGCAUCUUCUGGCUGCUGCUCACAAGAACAUCGGUGUGGGACCGGUUCUGGCAACACUGAAGGCGAUACUCAUCGUAGGAGAUUCCACGGCAAGGGAUAUAACGAAGCCAAGUGGAAAGAAAUCUAGUGAACUCUCUCAUAUCCUAGGAACGAGCGAUACAGUACCCAUCGACGCUCAACUUGAUCUCCUAUCGAUGGUAGAAACAGAGAUGAAUGGGGGCCAUAAAACGCCUAGGGGAAACGGCGGCGUCGGGUCAACGUUACUGGAUUCGUCUCAAUCGUUGUCGUCGUUAGCGAGGCGGGUUCUUGCCGAAAUCUGUUCAGAGGAGUGGGUCUUACAGAAAUGCUUACAAAAUCCGGAUGAACUAUACCACCCGGAUAUGUUGUUGGACCACAUGCUAACACCGCGGCAAGCUCAAAGGUUACUACACAUGAUAUGUUAUCCGGACUCAGCCAGCCACACACACCCAGAUCUUGAUCAAAAGACGAUGAUAACACGACUGCUAGAGAACCUGGAGCAGUGGUCCUUGCGUAUGUCAUGGCUGGAUCUUCAGCUGAUGUUCAAGCAGUUCCCGAGCGGUUCGUCUGAACUAAGCGCCUGGUUGGACACAGUCGCCCGAGCUGUGAUCAACGUUUUCCAGCAACCCGCGCCGCCCCCGCCAGAUAAGGACCGUAUGGGUACGGAACGCGGCGUAGUUAGCACUAGCAAGUGGUCGCAGUCGGUGUGGUUGGUGGCGCCACUCGUGGCCAAGUUACCCCCAGCAGUGCAGGGACGUGUUCUUAAACAGGCUGGCCAGAUAUUGGAAAGCGGUUGGGGUGCGGGGUGUAAUGGAAAUUGUUCGGGAAGCGGUGGAAGUGGAGGGGGAUCACACCGCGACUGCAAGAGCCAUCAGAGUCCCAGUUACAAAGGAUCAGCAGGUAGCGGCGGCAGUGGCAAGCGCGGCGUGGGUGCCUCAGGAUGUGGUGGAUCAUGCGCGUGCGCCGCAUCCGCAUUGAGACUUGCUAACGAACCGCUCUUAUCACUUGUACUGACCUGUCUACGACAUCAGGACGAUCAAAAGGAGAGUCUCCUCAGUUCAAUUCACGCCCAGCUACAACACUAUUUGAAUCAUGCCCGUGAUCACGAGCGGUCUACGUGCGGAGACACGUGGCAAGAGGAGGCCGCGCCCGAAGCCCUACAACUGCGUUUCUCGCUCGCCGGGGGGAUGUUCGAUGCAAUACGACGUUCCUAUCAGUUGACGUCGGAUUGGGCUGUACUUUUGACACAACUCGUCGCACAUCAAGUCAUCGAUGCUUAUAACAAUAGUCUGUGUCGCAGCAACUUGUUCUCAACAUUGAUCGACAUGCUAGCGACUCUGAUACACUCCACGCUAGCGGAGGGCGGCGACGACAACAACAGGAAACAUUACCAGAAUCUCAUGAAGAAGUUGAAGAAGGAGAUCGGGGAUAGGCACGGUCCCAGCGUUCAAGCCGUCAGGCAGUUGCUGCCACUCUCCAAAAACGCUAUAGAGGUUAUUGCGUGUGAAAAAAUUACAAGCUUCGACAGUGACAAGAAACAGGGACUCCGGUUAACGGACAAGUUAUCUGUCUCGAGCUGGGAGCUAGUGGAGGGUGGAAGGAAUCCUGCACCACUGUCUUGGACGCUCUUCGCGGCGACUAAGAUCGAACGGAAACCACUCACUUAUGAAAAUGCUCACCGGUUAUUGAAGUACCACACGCACAGUCUCGUCAAACCCUUGAGUUAUUACUUGGAGCCACUUCCAUUGCCGCCUGAGGAUCUCGAUAACAACGACAGCAAACAGGACAAUGGAAGUUUGGAUUCCAGCCCCACCGGGUCUGGUAAGGGUCGCAAGAUGUCCUGCAAGAUGAAUAAAAUGAAGAAAUCCAAACCGACCACACCCACAAAUGGUGUAGGAGGAGCGAUGGGGGGUGGGAUGGCAGCACAACAGCAGCCACAGUUUAUGCCUCAACAGCAACAGUGGUUCCCGCCUCAGGGACAGAACUACUAUAACCCGGCUGCAGGAGUUAGCCCACGCGGUGUGGCACCACCUGCGAAUGCUCAAGGUGCUUCUAAGCAGGCCCUGAGCAACAUGCUACGAAAUCGUUUCCCCUUCUCACAAAUGACCCAGAUGCAGCAGAGUGGCGGUUACCCUGGUGCCCCGCAGCCGCGUGGUCCUUUCCCACGCCAGGGUAUGCGACAGAUGCAGCCGAACCAAAUGGGCCAGAUGCAACAAAGUCAAAUGAACCCAAUGAGCGGCAUGGGUGGCAUGGGGCCUAUGGGGCAAAUGGGCGGCGUACAAAUGGGACCGGGUCAGAUGAGCGCAAAUCAAAUGGCCGGCGGUCAAAUGGGUAGUGGCCAAAUGACUGGUGGGCAAAUGGGCGGGGGGCAAAUGACUGGCGGGCAGAUGGCGGGGGGACAAAUGGGUGGUAUGGGCGGGCAGAUGUUCGGUGGACAGUACGGCGGCAUGCAGCAAGGUUACGGCGGCUAUGGACAGCAGAUGAUGCAAGGUGGACAGCAGCAAAUGAUGAAUCAGGGUAUGAGUCAGAGCGUAAAUCAAAUGGGGCAACAGGUGAAUCCAAUGAGCCAAGGAGUCAAUUCCAUUGGACAAAACGUAGGUCAGAUGAGUCAAGGCGUUGGGCAGUCUGGCCAAAUGCCGCAGGGCAUGGGCCAAAUGGGGCAGGGCAUGGCCCAGAUGGGUCAAUCCAUGGGACAGAUGAGCCAAAUGGGCCAAGGGGGUGGAAUCGGUGGUAUGAACAGCCAGGCUGGGUCUAUGGGUCCUCAGGGUGGUAAUGUCAUGGGUGGUUUCCCGGGACAACAGUCUUUCCAGCAGAAUAUGAUGAGUGGUCGCGCCAGUCAAGAAGCUUAUUUAGCACAGCAGAGGCAAAACGCUCGUCCGCAGUAUAUUCAGCAAGCACCAAAUGUGACAAUGGGUGGAAUGGGCACCCCAGCGCCGCCCUACCCUCGUGGCAUGCAGCCGCAACAACCGGCGCAAUAUCAACAACAGAUGACGCAACAACAGCAACAGCAACAACGCAUGCGCCAGCAAAUGUUAGCAAUGCAACAACAGCAACAAGGCCCACUCGUGCAGCAUUUGCAGCGCCAGCAAUACCAACAGCCCUAUCAAUAA